AUGGACGUGGGCGCGGACGAAUUUGAGCAGAGCCUUCCACUCCUGCAGGAGCUUGUCGCGGGUGCAGACUUCGUGGGUCUGGACAUAGAGUUCACAGGUCUGCGUUCAAACUUGUCCCGGCCCCAACAGAUCAGUCUUUUUGACUUGCCAUCUGAGUGGUAUCUGAAGACCCGGCAGAGUGUUCAGCAGUUUACAAUCUGUCAGAUUGGACUGUCCGUGUUUUCCAGCAUCGAAGGAGAAUCAAACAAGUAUGUAGCACACUCCUGCAAUUUCUUUCUCUUCCCUACAACAUUCGGGAUCCUGGACUCAGAAUUCUCUUUCCAGGCGUCUAGUGUACAGUUUCUGAAUCAGUAUGGCUUUGACUAUAACAAGUUCCUCAAAAACGGAAUCCCGUACAUGAACGAAGAACAGGAGAAGAAAAUCAAGCACAGUAUCCUGAGAGGGAAUUGGAGAGUCCGGAGCUCUCUGGAUAAAGAUCAAAUCAAGGUGGUGAUCGAUAAGGUGACGCAGUGGCUGGACCUGGCUGAGGAAGGCGACCAGAUGACUCUGCCUGGCAUCUCUGGGUUCCAAGCCUUUGAGGUCCAACUGGUGCUGAGGCAGGCCCUCCCCAACAUCUGGACAGUGCUGAAAGAGGAGGGGGUGAUUGUGAAGAAGGUAAGCCAGCCACAUCGCUGGUACCUGGAGCACGCCUCUUGUGACCAGGUCAGCUGCUGGAAGGAACAGAUUCUUCUCUCUGCAAGAGGCUUCUCUGUCUUCUUUCAGAUGUUGGUGAAAGCCCAGAAGCCCCUGGUAGGACACAACAUGAUGAUGGACCUGCUGCAUCUCCACGAGAAGUUCUUCCGGCCUCUUCCAGAAAGCUACGAUCAGUUUAAGCAGAACAUCCACAGCCUGUUUCCUGUCCUCAUUGACACUAAGAACGUGACAAAGGACAUCUGGAAGGACCUGCGUUUCCCACGAGUCUCCAACCUCUCGGAAGUGUAUGAAGUGCUGAGCAGUAACUUGAAUCCCACUAAGGAUUCUGGACCGGCGAUUAUUCACGCAAGACAGUGUAAAAAAUACGCUGAGACCAAGUGCCCUCACGAAGCAGCCUAUGAUGCUUUCCUCUGCGGGUCAGUUCUUUUGAAAGUGGCUCACCUGCUCCUACAGAGGGUGCGUGGCAGCGAUGCUGUGCAGGAGCCUGCCUUCCCCCAGUACCUCGACGUGCUGGCGCCCUACGUGAACCAAGUGAAUCUUAUCCGAGCCGGGGUUCCGAAAAUCAAUUUCUCUGGCCCGGAUUACCCCAGCAUCCGCCCCCCUGUGCUCAUCCUCACUGUCAAGAAGUGGCCCGGGGUGAGCGAGCACCACGUCUACCGCGAGUUCCAGAACCUCUGCAAGUUCGACGUUAGGCGGUUCACACGAAGCCAGUUCCUGCUCCUGACCAAUAAGUUUAAGGAUGCCCGCAGUGUCUUGAAGGAGUACAGGAGCCACCCGACCCUUCAGGUCUCCCUGUACCGGUACUGGAGACAUUCCCCCAACAUCACCUGCCUCUUACAGGUCUGCAGCAUAGUCACCACCUGGGCCAUGAUUGCAUUUCUCCUGGGAAGACCCAGCUCCUGAGAGCAGUGAGCCGCCUCAGCUUCUGUCCUGGCCUCUGGAGAUGACCCUUGUGGCUCAUCGGUCCUUUCUCCUGCAGACCUAUGCGGUCCUCUGUAGAUAUUCUGUUGUGUUGUGAAUGUGAGAUUCUGUAAA